AUGGACACCAAGCACAAUUCCAGCGUAUCAGGUGGCACAUCUACCUGGGAAGAGAUCUUCAAUUCGGCGGAAGCAGAUAUUCAGCAAGCUUGCUUCAUCUCUGGCACCCCAGGCCUUGCGAUUGGAGUAUUAGACCACGAUGGGAAGGUAUUCGACAAAUAUAUCGGUUCCCGUGAUGUGAAUCGAGGGCUUAGACCGGAUGCCGAUACUGUUUUCAAUAUUGGGUCCAUGUGCAAAGGGUUCACGGCACUAGCCACUGCUUGUCUCGUCACAGAUGGGGCAAUUCACUGGGAUGACCGUGUUGACACUUUUCUCGAUGGACUUCGUCACACCCAUGUUGGCAAUUCAACGAUUCGGGACUUACUAUGUCAUCGGACGGGUCUUUGUAGGUCUGAUGCACUCUUCAUUGGAUCAAACAAUGCCCUACUUCUUUCCAAAGCCCAAGGCACCGCCCUACUUGCGUCACUCAAUAUAAGCCGCCCACCACGCCAAGAGUUCAUCUACAACAACUUUGGUUAUCAUGCGGUGGGAUGUAUCAUCGAGAAAGUGUCAGGUGUGAGCUAUGGCGAGUUUCUCGCCAACCGUAUCCUCAAGCCUUUGAACAUGACCAGGACAUUCACGGAGCAACCGUCAAACAUGGAUCAAAACAUCUCCCGAGCUUAUCUUGCCUACCAUGAUUUGGAGCUACGCGAGGUUUCAACUCCUAACAUCUCAAGCGAUACCGUUGCAUUUUCUGCCGGCGGCAUUCGAAGUUGCAUGCGCGAUCUCCUUGUAUUUUAUGGUUCUCUUCUACAAGCAAUUGCUACAUCAACCAAGAUUGUGGCGCUCAACGUCAAUGUUGAAGAACUCCGUACUAUUUUCGAUGCUGCUAUUCCUCUUAAGGUCACGAUGGUUCUGCGCGAGAAGUCCUACGGUAUGGGCUGGGGACGCACGCAGCUCCCAAACCAAGUCAGUGAGAUCACUGGCAACUCUGGAUUGUUAGACACGUAUCCCACGAUUGGAAGCAUGGCAAACGGGCCUUUGUUACUCCAUCACGCUGGCAACAACAUUGGCUGCUCUUCGACGGUGUACUUAAUGCCCGAGUUAGAUACAGGGAUCGUUGUUCUUGGUAAUUCUUUGGGCCAUUGCGAUGCUACGGACUGGACCGCUCAGAUCCUGACUCAAGCAUUCCUUUCAGGGAAAGUCGAUAGGGGAUUGAGCCGGUUCUUUACUGCUGCAGCUCUGCAAGGGCGAUCUGCCAUGAAACGUGUACAGACAGUUUUGGACACAGAAAGACGGUCCACUGAACCUCCUGGUCCCUUGACGAAAUACCGGGGAUGUUUCUGGCAUAGGUCUGGUCAAUUUUGUGUCAGUAUCCGGCUUGAAAACCAUGGCGAUCUCAUCAUGUCACUUCAGAAUCGGGAUGACGAGAGAUACAGCCUUCGUCACUACGAACAGCACACCUUUGUAUUUAAUGAGAGCUUUGAUCGCAUCAUCGAGCGGGGUCAGUGGUGCAGGCCAUACUGGUUUUACAAAAUCCAAUUUAUUUCGGAGGAUCAAGAGAUUGUUGCUAUUCGUUGGAGGAUUGAUGAUACACAGGAAGAUGGAGAACUGUUCCGCAAAGCUAUGUAG